CCGCCGGCCGGGGACGUGCUGCGUGCGAGCUCGGCGUCAGCCUGCGCCGCCCGGGGGCUUGCAGAGCCCCGGGGAAGCCCUGCCUGCGAGCUCGGGAAGCUCGGGGACGCCCCGCGUGUGAGCUUGGGGUGCUCGGGGCCGCCCAGCCGAGCUCGGUGUCAUCCUGCCCUCGCUGCGGACGUGGGGAACCCGGGCACGCCCUGCCUGUGGGCACGGGGAUCUCAGGAGCGGCGUGCCUGCAGGCCCGGAGCCACCCUGCUUCGCCUAUGAGCUUGGGAAGCCCUGGGGAUGCCAUACCUGCGAGCUCAGGGACACCUGGCCUGUGAACCUGGGGACCUGGGUGCACCCUGCCGGUGACCUCAGGGACGCCUUGCCCUGCCUGCGAGCUUGGGGAGCCCUGGGGAUCCCUUUCUGCUUAGAAGGUUUGGAGAUGGCCUCUUGUGAGCUUAGGGACACGCUGCCCUUCCUGCAGUCUGGGAAGCCCGGGUACACCCUGCCUGUGAGCCCGGUGUCACACUGCAUUGCCUGCAAGCUUCGGGAGCCCCAGGGUUGCCAUGCCUGAGAGCUCAGGGAGCUUGAGAGCACCCCGCUGAGAGCUCGGGGUGCUCAGGGAUGCCCUCCAUGCCCAUGAGUGCACACGGUGUCCCUGUGAUCAGGAUGGUCGGCUGGCUCUGACCCUCUGCAGUUUUGCUUCCCUUGAGGUCCAGCCUGGCCAACAUCCCACUGACUCCGGAGACCCAGCGGGACCAGGAGCGGCGGAUACGCAGGGAGAUCGCCAACAGCAACGAGAGAAGGCGGAUGCAGAGCAUCAAUGCUGGCUUCCAGUCUCUGAAAACCCUCAUCCCGCACACGGACGGGGAGAAGCUCAGCAAGGCGGCCAUCCUCCAGCAGACGGCUGAGUACAUCUUCUCCCUGGAGCAGGAGAAGACCCGACUACUACAGCAGAACACCCAGCUCAAGCGGUUCAUCCAGGAGUUCAGCGGUUCCUCCCCAAAGCGGCGACGAGCAGAGGACAAAGAUGAGGGCAUCGGCUCACCGGACAUCUGGGAGGAUGAGAAGGCUGAGGACCUGCGGCGAGAAAUGAUUGAGCUCCGGCAGCAGCUGGACAAGGAGCGCUCGGUCCGCAUGAUGCUGGAGGAGCAGGUUCGCUCGCUGGAGGCCCACAUGUACCCCGAGAAGCUGAAGGUGAUUGCUCAGCAGGUGCAGCUCCAGCAGCAGCAGGAGCAGGUGAGGUUGCUGCACCAGGAGAAGCUGGAGCGGGAGCAGCAGAUCCGAACCCAGCUCCUGCCUGCACACGGUCCCCCAGCGCCCACCCACCACCCCACUGUGAUCGUACCAGCACCGCCUCCCUCCCAUCAUGUCACCGUGGUCACCAUGGGCCCGUCCUCGGUCAUCAACACAGUCUCCACGUCCCGGCAAAACCUGGACACCAUCGUUCAGGCCAUCCAACACAUCGAGGGCACGCAGGAGAAGCAGCUGCAGGAAGAGGAGCAGCGGCGUGCCGUCAUCGUGACGCCCGCACGUGCCUGCGCAGAGCCCUCCGCCUCCGACACCGCCUCCGACACGGAGGGCAACGACAGUGACUCCAUGGACCAGAGCAAAGAAGACCCUUUGGGGGAAGGAGAGCUGCCCUGACACCCCCUGGCCGGCAGCCGGGAUGGGGAGCAGGGAGAAGGGGGGAAACGUCAGAGAAUAUGCUGAAAUUUUUAAAAAAUACGUCGCGAUUUGGGUCUCUUUUAUGACCUUUUUCCAAUACUGUAACGCUGGAAGCGGGCGCCGUUCAGUGCUCAGCUCCCAGCGAGCGGGGAG